UUCGCCGCGUAAUGGUUUGUCCACCGCUGCGGCGCCGAACGUGUAUUAUCAUCGCCGUAACAACAAUAAUAAUAUUAUAAUAAUAAUAAUAAUAAUAAUAAUAAUUAAAAUCGAAAAAAAAAAAAAAAAAACAUUUUCGUGUCUCACGCUGAAAACGCACACACAGGCGCAGCAUCAUUCAUCCGAACGGUACAUAAUAUUUAUAAUAUUGUUUUACUAUAGUCUUUAAUAUCGUCGUAAAACGAUCGCGAGCAUAUUAUUAUUAUCUGCACACACGCCGUCACCCCGCGUCGAUCGUCGCCGGCCGGUAUUCGACGGUGGUCGCUUUUCUUCUGCAUACUAUAACAAUAUAAUAUCGUAAUAAUAAUAAUAAUAAUAAAAAGUAUUGUUUCGAAAACAGAAUUUCGUGUUUUCGGUGCCGCCGCGUGGCUUACAUAAUAAUAUUAUUCGUGUAAAAAUAUAUCGAUCGUACACUAUACCUUUAAUUGUUAUUAACUACGUUUUCUUUUCAUUUUUUUUUUUUACCCGUCAUAACAUUGUUGUAUUAUUAUUUACAAUAAUAUCGCGGAUGACACAUGUUCGAAACGCCACGGCGUUACACAGUCGAUAAAAAAACAUAACAUUAUAUUAAUUACCGGUAAUACUAUCCAAACGCCUAUAAUAAUCGCCCCGUGGCGUUCUACCGCGAUUGGCACACACACAAAUGUGUCGUUUUACGAUUUUUCGUGCGAUAAUUAUUAUUAUUAAUAAUUGUACGUUGUACGCGUAUCGCGAAUAACGACUACGUCGCUCUAUAUUAGAAUUGAUCUCUACGCGAGCCAAACACGUUAGCUCAGUAUUGUAAUACAUAUUAGUAUUACUAUUAUUAUUAUUAUUAUUAUUAUUAUAAUGGUAUAUGUAUUUGGAGGACAUUGAUUUUGACCAAGCAGGGGACUCGGCAACUCGGCGCCGGCACAAUUACCAUAAUAAUAAUUGAUUAAUUAAUUGACGACCACGGCCACGGCUUGUGAAACUAUUUACACCGGACGUCGAUGAAAUAAAUCCAAAUCAAAUUGCCUUACAUCGAAAGUAUAUUGCGUACACCUGGGUAUAUAUAUACCGUCGCCGACAACAAGUAUGAAGGUAUCGCCACUGUUGCCGCAGACGUCGGCAAAAAAACAAGCAGAGGACGUCCCUAUUCGCGACGACUCGGAAGCCGCUAAUAACUGUUUGAAACGCCGUCGGCUCCAUUCUCAGACGAAUAUCAUAAUCAACGGUCACUAUCGACACCACAGCAAACACCAUUACUCUCGGCACGACGACAACAAAUCGUCGUCUAUGGACUGUUUCGACACCAUUAGCAAUAGCGUUAACGGCAACAGCAAUAGCAGUUGUAACAGCAGCAAUAGCGGCGAAGACGCGAGCGAUUGUGACGAUUCACCGGCGAGGCCCAACAGUCACCCGAAUCAACAAUACCCAGAAGGGGGGACGUCCGCGGCGCCGUCGCCCGCACACAACAAUGACAAAAAUAAGGAUGGUUAUCAGCAGACUACUGCAAUUGGAAAUAACAACAGUUGUAGUAAUGGAGGAGAUUGUAUGACACCGGCAAUAAGACAUACUGUACAACAAUUAGCUAUUAAUAGUGAUGAUAAAAUCACAUUAUCGUUGUCAACACACUCCGAAAAAAAUAACGACAGUGAAACCUACAACAGUACACAUGAACCGAUAUUAUCGUCAAUUUCAAUUAAAAACUUAAAUAAAAAUGCAACGACUAAUGAAAAAACUCCUUCUGUAGUAGACACUGAUGUUGACGAUCCUAUGGUAACAGUCAAUGAUAUUAACAGUGAAACUAGUAAUGACGAUUGUUUGUCUCAAUCGCCUUUGAACUUAACCCGUUCCCAAGGCUCGUCAGAAGGUGGUAACAAGAGUGGAGACGACGAUGAAGAAUAUGAUGACGAUAGUGAAGAAAAAAAUGGCAUUGGUAAUUCCAUUAAUGAAAAUGAAAAUAUUGUCAAAACAGAAGUUCCAUUUCCUUGGAAUAUUACCUCAGCUAAUAAUAAACAAAAGCAACAACAUCAAGAUGAUAAAAUCACAGCACCACCACCUCAACUUUUGUUAACCUCUGGUCAACUUACUACGGGAUGCUUACAAGCAGCCCAAUUACUAAUACCAACAGCUCGAGGUAUUAUGACUCAGACAAUUUUGGCCAUUCCCAUUAAUGAUAUGGUUUCUUCUGCAAUCACAACUCCUACUUCAAAUCAGCAACAACUACAGCAACAGUUAUUAUAUCACUCAACAAAUAAUGUUCGACAAAAAAAUAUUAAUCGACAACAGCUCAAUCAAAUUUGUCAACCGUCAUUAUCCUUACCACUAAACCGUUAUUUUCAACAACACCAAACUACAGCUGAUGAUUCGACUACUGCCAGUGGUACUCCUGACAACGUCAAUAAUGAUAACAAUAAUUACGAUGGUAGUAUGAUUAAUAAUGACACGGUUACAGCAGAUCAGUAUAAUAAUAUUCAACGACGAAAAUGGCAGUCCCCUGACCUUAAUUGCAAAAAGCACAACUUUUUAACACCUCAACAAAAGCUAUUACCUCGCACCAAGAACGAGGAAAGCAGUGAUUCGAUAAACGCACAGCGUUCAAAAGACUCGACUAUGGUUCAAAUACCAACGGGCACAAAUGGAGAUUGUCGUAUUUAUUCAACCAAUAAUGCUGCUUCAAUUGUUACUGCUGCGACACCAAUGUCACCUCCUACACUCAGGCGUAAUGAUGGUAGUAAUGGAGGAGGUGUAGAAGUAAUUCAACGUCAAACUGUAUGGCCAACAGCAAUUACAGCAACCGAUCAACAUAAUGGUGGCGAUGAAACAGAAAAUGAAGAAGAUAAACAGCAGCCACAUCAACCUUCUCAUGUAAUAUCUCCUGCGCCUCCAACGUCUUCCACCAACAUAAACACUUUAAAGUCAUUAGCACCUCCAUCUUCACAACUCAACUGCCACAUAAAACCAUCCAAGGACGAAGACUCGACCUCGGCAGCUGCUGCAGCAGCGGCUGCAUAUAAUCAGCAAAACGCUAUUUGCACAGCACUCGCCACACACAUGCUAUGUGCUUCGCAACUCGCUGCUGCACAACAACCAAUAUUUGAGAAUAUGGAAAGUGGCAAUUCAUCUAAAAAACCAAAUAAUGUAUACAAUAACAAUAAUAAUAACAUAAAAACAAAUAACAUGAUGGGUGUAGUGAACCCAGCCGUAUUGGAAAAAUGGAUGAUGGAAGAGAGGUAUUAUUAUAAUAAUAAUAAUAACAACAACAAAAAUAUUACUGGAGGCCACUCACAUCACCAGAGGUAUAACGCAGCCGCCGCAGCGGCUGCUGCAGCAGCAGCUGUCGAAUUGUUAAGUGGUGGCGUUUCUGCAUCAUCAAGUGGUGGCGGUGGUGACAGCUUAGCUUCUUGUAAAAAACGAAAAAGACGAACUUCGUUUACACCACACGCCUUAGAAUUGUUAAACGGUCAUUUUGAACGCAAUACACACCCAUCAGGAUCUGAAAUCACUGGACUGGCACACAGAUUGGGCUACGAACGUGAAGUGAUACGCAUUUGGUUUUGCAAUAAACGCCAGGCGUUGAAGAACACUGUUCGCACUAUAAAUGGUAGCGGUCCAGCCCAUAUGACAAGCACGAAAUCUCAUAAUAAUACAAGUGGUUAUUAAAACACUGUAUUAUUUAUAAAAUUUACGUUGCAUAAAAUUAAUGAAACAUACCCGGUUUUUCCGACAAUCACGAUGUAGUAACUGGUCAUGUCCAUAUCUGUGUUGCCUUUUUUACACAAAAUCUCAAGCGGCAGAAUUAUUUUCUUUAUUCAUUCACAAUACCCGUUGAUUCAUGAGAAUAACUAGUGGUUAAAAGACCAAAUAUGAGAGAAAAUGUUUUAAAAAAUAACAUGUUUAACUUUUUCAUAAUUUUUUAGUUGUUUUAAGUGUCUAAUUAUAAUUAAUAUUAAAUAACUAAUAGAUUUUAAUUUAUAAUAUUUAAUAUUGUUUGGAUUUUCAUUAGUAGCUUAAAAAAAACUAUAUCUAUAUCCCAAAUAAAAAGAAGGAAUAAAAUAUUUUUUGUGAAAUAAUACAAACUAACAAAUAGUACCUAUUUAAUAUGUGUAAAUACUGUUAGUGUACAAUAUGGUUAAGUUUAAAAACUAAUUUAUAUUUUGGUGACAACAAUAUAAGCUUAAAUUAAGCUUUAAAUGUUUUCACUCAAUUAUAAAUUAUAUAAUGCAUGUCGAAGUAUGAAAUUAACUUUUAUAUCGAGAGUCAAAGUUACCAAUUAAUAGACUGUAACCAAAUACUAGGUCUUUUACAAAUAGCAGAAAAAAGACAUUUCAAAGAAAAUUACAUUUGGUAUAACAACCAAUAAUAAACAAAAUUUGAAUACAUUAUGUGUCAAAAAUUUCAUUUUUGUACUGCCAAAAAGUAUAUCUAAAAAUUUGUUCGACUUAUAAAUAGUAAUUAUUAAAUGUUGUUAAUAAUUACAAUAAUUAUACAAAUCUAGUCAUGGGCACAACUUCAAUACCAUAGCCUGGAAACUAGAUAUUAUUACAGUAUGCUGUAUUUACAUAUUUUUAGAGGAGACUAUAGAAGCGCUCCUUAGAACUAGCUCUUCCAUACUUCCAAUUGCAUAAAUGCAUCUAGUUAUAAUCAUUUUAAAAUUAAAUGUUAUUUGUCUUAAUAUACUUUAAGGGAUAUACUGAAAGGAGUAUUUGGUCUCUUAACCAUUGAAAAAUAACUUACAGUUAAUACCUAUUUAUUUUCUCAUAACAUGCCUUAUAACAUAUAUUUAAUUUAUAUUUGUAUAUUAUUUUUACUAUAUGUAAGCAGUAUUGUAAAUUUCCACAUGUCAGUCUGCGUGUGUUUAUGUGUAUGUGUGUGUUUGUAAAUGUAUAUGUGUGUAUACUUACCCUAUUAAAAUGAGAUAGUUUUUUUUUGUAUUUUAACCGCCUCGAUUAUUUCAUCUUGUGUCAAGACUGUUAAGUAUUAAAAUCGAAAUAAUUUAUGUAAAUGAGGUAGUAAAUUAAUAAUAAUAAAAAAAAAAUUAUAUAUGUUCUUUAGUUGUUCUUCUUUAUUUGUCAUUAAAACAUGUAUUUUUCUAAGUUAGUGUUACGAUAAGUAUUUCGAUGUAUCAUCAUUAAAUAAACUAUAAGUUAACCAUA